GCAUUAUGGUUCAGUGUUAAAGACUUGCUUGAUCCUUCAGUGAAACCAGAAAAUCGUCAUACAGCUCUGCAUUUCCUUCAAUGUCUUGUUCAAGGCCAGCUUCAGUACCUGGGGAUUCUAAGAGCUCAUUUCUUUCGAGUUAUUAGUCAGCUUAAUGUACCAAGUGACCUACAAUACAGGUUGGAAUUGUUGAUCACAUUAAGUGAGAAUGGGAGAAAUUUACAGGAGUUUGAAGAAUCAGCAGGUCAGUUUUUGCUGGAAUGGAUGCCAGACGUUGUAAACUCGGACAAACUGGGAGAAUUUCUGACCCUGCUGAUCCACGUUAUCAAGUACAACGCUGCCUACCUGGACGAGGAAGUGGUGGCGGGGCUGGUCAAGAAUACUUGUUUGCUGUUGAACAGAAGGAGACGUGAAGAGGAUGUUACACUGUGUUUAGACUUUCUGGAUGCUGUUCUGUGCUACAGUUACCUACCUACAGAAUGCCUUGUCAGCUUUAUUUCUGCUCUCUGUCACACGGUCAACAUUUCCAAGUUCUCACUAUCAAGCUGGGAGUUGAUGAGAAAGUUACUAGGCACACAUCUUGGACACAGCAGUAUUUACACCAUGUGUUGUAUUAAAGAAUACACAAGUUUGAAUUCAAAAUAAAAACAUGUGCAUGAUCAAGAGUUGCUGAGGGGAGUGGUGUACUUUGUUGGCAUGGCCCUGUGGGGUUACAGGAAAGUUCCCACCCUCAAGCAUACAUUCUCCUCUGUUCUGCCAUCUUUCUUACAGGUGUUGGAGUCCCACAGUUUUAUAGUGGCUCAUGAGGUGGUGCUGAACAUUCAGAGACUGGUCAGAAAGUACGGCAAGGAACUCCAGCAUGUGACAUGGGAGAUCGUACUGAACAUCCUAGAGAGUCUUCUCAAACUUCUAGAGAAUCCUGCAUUUGCUCAACCCAGCCAUGACCCGAGACUGCAAGCUGACCUCCAUGACAUUUUAACCAACAUUGAGCAGCUGCAUGCACAGGGCCAGUUUUCUGGGUGUAUCACCCGAUUCUUCAAAAUCAUAGAAAUGUGUGCCAACAAGAGACCAGAGAGUUCUGUUUCCCUGCUGAUAGAUCACCAGGCACAACUGAUAAACCCCACCAAGGAAAACUGGAUCAACCACCUUUAUCAGCUGCUGGAGAAAUACUUCAAAAAUGAAACCAGAACCCAGAUAAGGGUUAAAGCCCUUGACAAACUAUCACUAGUUCUUAGCAUCAAUAAACACAUUUAUGAGGAUGUGUUGAUCAAUAGAGUUGUAUUACCCCAUUUGUGCCAUAUAGAGGCUGACCAUGACCCCCAGGUCAGAAAGGUCGCAGCAGACAUGUUACUGUUGUUGGCCAGUGGUUGUAGCCCCUCCUGCUUUGUAGAGAUCAUUGCAAUCAUAGAAAAGUUGAUAAAUAGGCCCCUGACAGCCCAUCCAGCUUCUCCCUAUCCAAAGGUCGAGGGGUCAGAGAUCAUCCAACAGCUAGAGGAAACCCAGCUGGACGAUGUCAAGACAGCCAUGAUAGGUCUGGUGGAACUCUUCAAGCAAAAGUUGUACACAGAUCCACCAACCCACUGUUUGAAGAUUUAUGACUUGUUGGUGUUACACAUGAAGCAUCAGUAUACGGAGCCAAAAAACUUCACAAGCCACACUGCUGUACAAAUCAGGAAAUGUGACAAAGACUGGGAGGUACUGGAGCGUGUCCUAGUCAAUCUACCAUUACUACUUCAGAACAAAACCCUUAUAUUGUCAACCAAGCAUGACCUUAUCAAUUCCCUGUGUCAUCAUCUUUGUGCCAUGUUGAACUUUCCUGAGAAGCUACACGGAACCCCCUCAGGAAGGUUCACCAGAUCAGACUUCCACACAUUUGUGUUCCCUGUGCUGGCAGCCAUGGUGUCUUACCAUAGAUAUCUGGACAGAAACCGAGCUAGAGAGAUGAUAAAGUGUCUGGAGUUUGGCCUGGUGUCUAAGUGUGCUAAGACUUGUACUAACUCCCUGAGGAUAUGUACACUGGAGAUGCAGGACGUAAUGAUGCGACUCCUACCCUCCGUCUUACUCCAGCUCUCCAAAAUCUCUGCUACAGUCCACAUGGCCAUCCCUGUACUGGCAUUCUUAUCAAGUAUUGUGAGGAUUCCCCGGAUGUACGCUAACUUUGUAGAGGAGGAGUACCUCAGUGUGUUUGCCAUAGCUCUGCCAUACACUAACCCUUUCAAAUUUAGCCACUACACUGUUUCUUUGGCCCACCAUGUUAUAGCUAUCUGGUUCAUCAGAUGCCGUCUUCCCUUCAGAAAGAGUUUCGUCAAGUUCAUCCAGAAGGGAUUACAAGCCAACAUUAUCCAGCAGUUUGAGGAGAACUCCAUCAUCCACCAGCAGCAGAAUCAGAACCAGGACUCUAGUGAUAGGAGUAGAUCUAACAGCUUCAAUGACUCCGCAUACAGAAACCGUAGGAGAAUGUAUUCUGGAUCUGCUAUUAACCGUCAGAAUUUUACUGCCCCAGUGGAUAAUAAGCUCUCCCAGUACCAUCACGAGCUAACGGAGACCUGCUUAGAUGUCAUGUCACGCUAUACAUAUGGCAAUUACAGUGCCAUUCCGACAAGGUCCCCAGUGGCAGAAUUUUUGUUGAAUGGUGGACAAUCACAAAUGUGGCUGGUGGGAAACAAAGUGGUUACCAUAACAACUAGUGGUGGGGGAGGAAAUAAGACCAACAACACUGGACUGUGCGAUAAAUGUCAGUCCAUCUACCAGAGUAGUGGACAGGUGGCGGAACCCAAACCAGCACCACCUACAACCUCCACCAGGAGGCGCCACAAGUCGGCCUUUGUCACCCGCAGCGCCUCCACCAUAGAGAGUCGGGCCAGUGCUGACGACAUUGGGAUCCAGUCGCGGAUGUCGUUCGAUGACCUGAUGAGCAGUCCAGACAGUGCCCCGGAGCAGGAGGUGGGGGUACAGACUGGAUCCUCCCUGUCUGAUCACACCCCCACUAAACUGGGGCUGGAGACUGAAGCAAUGGAGGCAUUCCUCAUGGGAAUACAGAAGAAGCACUCUUCGGAUGGCCGAGUGUUUCAGAGUAAUAUGUGUGCCUGUUGGUGCACAGUUUGGGCCGAGAUUUUUAUUCGGGGACCCAGCGGUAAUGUUGCCUGGAUGAUGCGCAUAGAAAAUGAUCCAUCACAUACCUCUAUGCAGGAGUCCCAAACUCCGGACAUCACCAUGUUGUUCCAGUCAGUGCAGAAGAAGGAGCCGGAUCUGGAGAGUUUACACAGUCGUAUAGACAGCGGGAGUAUCGGCGAAGACGAGUACGAAUCACUGUAUGAUCAACACUUCCCAUCAGACCACAGCCAAGAUGGAGACUUGUGCAGUUCUAAUUCUAUUAGAAUCAGUAUAGAGGACAUGACAGAGGAGGGUCACAUGAAAAGAAUGAGGCACAUUACAGAGGAAGAUAAGAAGAAAGAGGAGUCAGACCCCAAUGGACUAGCCAUCCCGACCCCUUCAAUAAGCCGAGAACAACUGAAGUUUACUUCCCUCCAGCGCAGUAAUUCCUCCCCCUCCCUGUUGAGUUCCAGUGGAGAAAACCUUGACCCUCGAGACAGCCAAUCAGAAAUCGUGAUGAUAGACAAUCUAAUGGCUGCCAGAAAAGAGGAGAUAACCCAGGACAAACCAGACAGCUCCUUACUGGCAUCCAAACUUGAGCACCCAGAGAACCUGCCAAUCAAACCCAUUGACACAUUAGCCAAACAAGAUCAAGUUGUCUCUCCUAUCAGCCCCUCCCCAAGUUCAGAGUCCUCAUCCCUUCAUGAUGAAGUGAGGGAACUGCCUGAUUUCAGGAAGGCUAGAGGUCACACUAUCUCAGUUAUACAGUCAUCGAGAGACGGGUUGAAGUCUGGGGGACCAGGCAACAAGGACCAGGGGAGGGGCGGAACUAGCCCCAGCUUUAUAUUUCUACAACUGUAUUAUGAUGGAGUCUUUAGCUCUGCUACCAGCAGCUCAUCAUCUCCAAUUGUUAUUCCACAAAACGAGACUACUACAAGAGCCUUGAAGAUGUUGGAUCAUAUUCAUCCAUAUGAGACCCACAAGAUUGGAGUCAUUUACGUUGGUCCAGGACAGACAAAAGAUGAGAAGGGUAUACUGUCCAACCAGUAUGGGUCGGAGCGUUAUGCAGCCUUCGUACAGGGUCUGGGUCAGCUGUUACGUCUGUCGGACUGUAAUCCGGACCGUGUUUACAUUGGAGGGCUGGACUGCCAGGGAAAAGAUGGACAGUUUGCUUAUGGCUGGCAGGAUGAAUCCAUGCAUGUGAUUUUUCAUGUGGCCACCUUGAUGCCGAACAGAGAAAGUGACCCUAGUUGUAAUGCGAAGAAAUUACACAUAGGAAAUGACUAUGUAACCAUUGUAUACAACGACAGCAACGAUGACUACAAGAUCGGAGUGAUUAAGGGACAGUUUAACUAUGUCAAUAUUGUGAUUCGACCUCUCGACCAUGAGAGUAAUGCCAUAAACCUACAGGCCAAGGAAGUGCCUUUCAAAGACAGUAUUACAACAGACAUUGCUGAUAUCUUAGGGCACAAGGAUACUAAGGUGAUAUCUGACGACAACCUGGCAGCUCUGGUCAGACAAAUAGCAGUCAACUGUGAUCUUGCCUCCCUGGUCCUACAGAGACAGCAGUCUCAGCCCCAGGAUCCGUUCGCCUCCAACUGGCUGGAACGCCUCCGACAAAUCAAACGACUGAAAGCCAAGGUCCUGACGAACACCGAUAAACAGGGCCUGAGUGACAUCAUGGUGUAACGGGAAGGCCUUUUUUAAAAAAAAAUCAACAGUCCUGAUGAACUGCGAUAAGCAAGGCCAUGGAAUAACAGCUUAACCUUAGUCCCUGACUGGAAAUCUAUGUGUAUUUUAUUGUGAUGUGGUGACACCAUGAUGUUGUAGUAUCUUCAAGCAGAGCUAAGACUCUCUAACUUAUUAAAUAUAUUAACCAAUUCUUAUUAAUGUAUUUUGCUAUUUUACAAGCUCUAAAGCACAUCAUGAAACCACAAUGAAAAGUAAAUGAAGAAUGACAUCAUCUGUACCAGUAGUGUAUUAAACUAUAAUUUUUAAACAAAAACAUUGUGGAAAACCAUCUAAAAACAGUAUUUGAGUUUGCUUUAUGUCAUAGAGUAUAUGUCUUUGUGAACAAAAAUUGGCUAAUUUGCUUAUCCAUACUGCAGUGUGUUACAGCAAAUAGUAAGCAUACAUUGUUUUUGUGUACAGUUGUUGUAGUCUUCCUGUAAAUACAUUUUCACCUUCAGACAAACUAAAUUGUAACAUGCUAUAACCAGAUAUUGUUCCUCCAGACUUACCUCAUUUUGCUUAAGAAAAAUUAUCAGGUUAAAUUUGGGCAUUUUAGUCAUGCUACCUUAAGUAUUUUUUCUCCUGAAAUUAUUGUACAGGAUUUCUUUUUAUUACUCUGACAUCCAAAUAUCAAUCCUGUUGUCCUAUUUAUAGUUCAACACAGUUUUGAAAGAAAGUGCUUGUUUGUUACAAAAAUAGCUUGGCAAUUUAGAGCACUUUGGGUAACAUUUAUGAUAUUAAAUUUAUGUUAUAGACAGGAUCAUUUUUGCCACGUGUUUAUUUUUCCUUUCAUACUUGCAAACAAUUUUGAUAAAAUUACAGUAUCUCGCAUAUUUCUUUUAAUAAUUUGUGCAAUUGCCAAAUCUUCAUGGCAGUGAGUUUAUUACACAUUAUAUGUGUAUUUACUAUUGCUCAAUGAGGCCUAUCAUUUGUCAGCUAGUUCAAAACUUGUUCUUUCUGUAAACAGUCUAAAGCUUUUUUUUCAUAGCUUACUUGUGUUUUGUUGCAAAGAGGUAUUGCUCUCUGUCGAACAUCCUUUAAACGAUGUCCAGCAAUAGCUGUUCAAAUUGUAUAAUUUUAAGAAUAUAUUCAUGUCAAUAGAUUGUCUUACUAUAUAAAACACUUGUUGGUUUCAUAUCUACAUCACUUAGGUGUUUAAUCCACAUGAUGGCAGUUAUUAUAUAUUUUUAAAACUGUAAGGUCAAUGUUUAAAUAUACGAGGGUUGUCCGAUAAAAUCGUGGACAAGUUGUCUAGUGGGAAAAAUAAUCAUCACUACGUUCUGAAAUUUUCACUACGCUUUAGUACAUAUUUUAUGAUAAACAUGGCAAAUUUCAAAUAGAUAUAUGCAUAAAUAAACAAAUUAUGAGAUUUUAUGUUUUGCAUUGUAUCGCUUUACGGCGCACGGAUGAUAACAUCAAAGUGUCUCAAACAGCGUCACAUUUCAUCUUUGUUAAAACUAAAGUUGGAUGAGUCCCUCUAUAUUUUAGGAAUUCAUUGAUACUACUUGAUUAUUCAUUGAUAAUAAUUCAUACUUGAGUCUCCAUAAAUAGUUGAGGAACCAAUAUAGCACACACAUGCGAUCUUCAGAAGAUUUAUUAGUAAGUUACGGACAAAAAUUCUGACCAUCAUUCAACUAAAUAGACAAUCUUAUAUCGACGGUGAACGGUGACAGCAUCUUUUGCUGUUACAAUACCAGUUUGUCCAUAUUUUUGUACUACCUGGGGACUCGAUCAAAAAAGACUUCGCUAAGAAAACUCCCAUUUCAUUUGUAUACUACGAAAGGUAUGGUAAUGUUUUAAUUUUUUCUUCUGUAUUUAUUCAAAGUCUCGUAAGGUGUCAUUAUAGCAUCUUAAUCAAACUGAACUACUCUCUGCUGCACGGUAACAUCAUCAAACAUCGGCAUUUUUCGUGUAUUGUGAUUACCACUUUCUCAUUUCAAAUCCUCGGGAAACUGUCAAAAAUUAAUCAAAUGCCUUGAAAUUUUUUUAAAGACGACAAGAUGGAUUAUGAAAUCGAAUUAGCAAAAUUUUUACUCCAAUCUUAUCUAUUACAAACUUUUAUUUUGAAUUAAUACUCGUGUAUUCUUUAAUAAAUCUUUGCUUUUUGUUCAUGCACCAUAGGAUCGUACCCUGUGCACAUUCAAGCUAAAUAAAAUCUAUAUUUUUGUCUUUAUUUUAUCCAAAACAAUUUGAUGCACUUAAAUAUGAUAGAUAAAUAUUUACUGAAAAUUAUAGCUCAAUACGUCCAUUAUUUUUGGGGAAAAACACUUUGUCCAUGAAUUUACAGGACAACCCUUGUAGAUGUUUUGAUUUGUUACUGUUUUUUUAUAGUAAAAUUUAAAUGGUUGUUAAUGCAAUAAAUAUUGUAUACAAUUAUAUUCUUGGCUUUUUACCAGCAUUAUUUAACCCAAUUUGUGACCCUAAAGGUAGAGCUUUUCUUAGAGAACAUUGAUAUCAUAAGGUCUGUGUUUAAAUGAUUAAAUUUCACCUGUCACUGACCCGUGUCACUUUUAUAAUUUGUAGUGAAAUAAAAGUAAUCAAUAUGUUCAUUAUCUCAUAUACCUUGUCAUCAUUUGUAAAUUGAGAAAUUAACAUUCAUGGUUUUAAUAUCUGUAUGUUCAUGUCAUAUCAUUAUUCUGCAAAAUUUAAACCUGAGUGAAAUUUACUU